UCACUGAUGGGCACUGAAAGGCAGCACUAAUAGGGGGCACUGGCAGGCAGCACUGAUAGGCGGCACUGACUGGCAUUGAUAGGUGGCACUGAAAGGCAGCUCAGAUGGGCACUGAUAUGUUGCAUUGAUGUGCACUGAUAGGUACUGAUAUGUGGCACUGAUGGGCAUUGGUGGGUGACAUUGAUGGGCACUGACAGGUGGCACGGCUGGGGCUACACUGAUCAUCAGGGCACGCUUAUCAGUGCCCUGAUGAUCAGUGUACAUGUCCCCUCUGAGUACACCGAUCGCAGCACUGCAUGCCCCCGGGGUUGCGCACGCGCAGUUUACAGU